AGAGUGGGCAGACGGAGGAGGCUCGUGAGGUGGAGAGCAGAAGUGCACGUGAGCUGAGCGGCGGCCGGCGGGACUCGGGAGCCUCCGUACUCCCGACUGGUCAGGUCACUGAUACUCAGGGUCCAGGGCCUGAGUGUCAGUGACCUGACCAGCCGGGAGUCUCGGAGUACGGACGGAACACACGGCACAGUAGUGGGCACACGUACCCCAUGGAGCAACGGACGGACGCCGGACCCCUGCCUGUGUGGAGCCUGCUGCCCGCCAAGCCGUCGCUGUGCCUGGUCACUGGUGUGUGUGUGUGUCUUGGACCGGUCCUGAUAGGAGACAUCAUCAACAUCAUCGAGAAACCUCCGGUCGGUACCUGGACGGGCAUGUUGAAUAACAAGGUGGGGUCAUUCAAGUUCAUCUACGUGGAAAUCCUCCCCCAGGAAACGGAGACCCCCAAAAAAGUCCGGACGCAUCGAAGGAGCAAAAAAUCCCAACCCAGCACACUGAAGGAGCUUCUGGAGCGGAUCAACAUGCAGGAACACAUCGCCACCCUCAUGCUGAACGGUUAUCAGACAAUAGAGGACUUCAAGGACCUGACCGAGAGCCAUCUGCUGGAAUUGAACAUCACAGACCCUCAGCACACUGUGAAACUGCUGACCGCCGCUGAAGUCCUGCUAGAUUAUGACAGUAAGUUCCUGCUUGGUUCCUCACUCCAGGGACGUGGAUAAGGGGGGGGGGGAGUUU